AUGCCAUCUCAACAACAGACGGAGACCUCCAAGGUCCAUGAGCAUUCCAAUGAACCGACAGAGCUGACUACACCAGCAGCCUCUUCUCCCACUAACACUGCCCAAUCUCCUUCAGCAAACUCAUCACUGCCUUUACCCAAACCUCCUAUAAACCCUGGAAAUACUGUUCCUGCAAAAACCCUUUGGAUGGGGGAUAUAGAGGCUUGGUGGGACGAAGGCUACUUGGUACAACUAUGGGCCAAGCUUGGACUGGCCGUCAUGGUUAAAGUCAUCAAACCUAAAAGGAACUUGAUUCUUCGCCAGCUGGCAAAGAGCAAUGGUCAACCCAUGUUGAACCAUUCUGGAUACUGCUUUGUUGAAUUCGACACACCACAACAGGCUCAAGAGGCCCUUGCUCUGAAUGGCUCUCCUAUUCCAGAUUCUGGUAACAAACUGUUCCGCCUUAAUUGGGCCACAGCUGCCACACUUAACUCUCAGAUUGAACAGACACCUGAAUAUUCACUGUUUGUUGGCGAUCUCUCUCCGGUUACUACCGAGGCUCAUCUUUUAUCCUUGUUCCAAACCCAUUUCAAUACCGUGAAAACUGUUCGGGUCAUGACCGAUCCUGCUACAGGUCUUUCACGCUGCUUUGGGUUUGUCAGAUUUUCUAGCGAAGUGGACAGAAAUAGGGCUCUCGGUGAAAUGAAUGGAAAAUGGCUUGGUGGUAGGCUUAUUCGCGUGGCUUUAGCCACCCCAAAGCAUCAGGCCUCUUUAGGUUACAGUGGAAACGAAGCUCCCGGUGGAUCUCCGCUAACUGUUGGAGCCAUUGGACCUAUGGGAUCUAUGGGACCUAUGGGACCUAUGGGGCCUGUGGGACCUGUGGGACCUAUGGGAUCGAUUGGAUCGAUGACUGAUGUGGAGCCACGGGACAUAUACAUGUCUGCACCUAUGGGUUAUUACGCGGCAACCACUCCACAGCGAUUUGGUGCUUCUGCCAGCCCUACUACAGCACAAUCAUCAUCUUCCACUGGAAUCAAUUCGAUAACAGGUGCAAGUUCUCAACCUGGAUAUGCCGAUCCAACAAACACUACUGUCUUCGUAGGUGGCCUUGCGGCCAGUGUUUCAGAAGAUACCCUUCGUACUCUUUUUGAACCAUUUGGACCCAUUGUCCAUGUUCGAGUUCCACCAGGAAAGGGCUGUGGAUUUGUCAAGUUUGAGGACCGUGGGUCUGCGCAACAGGCAGUUGCAGGAAUGGAAGGCUUUGUUAUUGGAGGCUCUCGUAUUCGACUCAGUUGGGGACGUUCCAGCAACCGAAACAGGCAGCACCAACAGCAACAACUGGAGCAGCAACAAUUCCAGCCAGCUUUCCAGUUUCAGCGGCUCCAAGCAGAACCACCACAAGGUCAAUCACAGCAGGUGCAGCAGGCUCAAGCCCGACAAAUGAUGAUGGCAGCGAUGACAGGACCCCCUUCUGGAGGUGCCUCUCUGGCCCCUGGACGGUUUGAUUUUUCAGGCCCUAUUCCACCUCGAAUGGCUGCCCCCUCAACGAAUGGUGGCCCGGAUCAACCUACGGUCUUUACUGCUCCCCAAGGUGGACCUUUAGGACCAUCGGCAGGACUUGUGGAAAUUCCUCCAGGGACACAACUGUUCUAUGACCCCUACUUUGCUUCUAAUGGUGCACCGCUUGAGCCUCAAGAAAGUGGUUUCACGACGACAUCUCUGGCUACACGUCAGGAAUCGACAGUAACCACAUCGAACGACGCUCCCAAUAGUCAGAUUGCUCCAACGGAACUCGCAUUAAACGGCGCUGUUGCAGGAAUGACAUUGGAAGACAUGCCUCAACAAUUUUACGACCAAUCCGGUCAAUAUUUGUACAUGGCACCACCAUUUCCUAACCCCAUGAUGCCUUUGAUGACAGGUAAGAACGAAAUAGAGGAGACGAGAUCCGGUGCAGAAAGACCAGGAAACACGCUGCAUCAAAAUGGCAACCACGGCGGCCCAGACAGUAAGUCCGAUCGCUAA